AUGUCUUUGAGCGCCUCCGCUGUCAUCCUCAUCAUCCUACUCGGCUGUCUCGCAGCCACCGCUUUGGGCGCUGGCCUCUUCAUGCGCUACCAUCCCGACGGUGAAACCAAUUACAGUCCCAAUCACGAGCAAAGCAAAUAUUUGCGGCAAGUCCGUGAGCAAAACUAUAAGCAUUUACGACAGGAAUCUACGAGCGGUCGUAUCGACCUCGAAUCACAGGUGGACAUUGUCCCAAUUGUGGAUUUGAAAGACGAAGCUGAAAGACUUGAUGCUUAA